AUGCACAUCAUAAGGCUCUGGAAAGUUUGGGAACCUUAUAUAUCUAUCCGCCAUCCGGACGACAUCGAGACAGUCAUAGGACAAUCUAAAUUCACUCAGAAGAGUAAUAUGUAUAACAUAAUGUUACCAUGGUUCAGCACAGGACUUCUUAUCAGUGCAGGUCGCAAGUGGCAGACACGCAGGAAGAUACUAACACCUGCUUUUCAUUUCAAUAUGCUUCGGGAAUUUUCCGACGUUUUCAUCGCGGAAGGGGAACGGUUGAUCGGGAAGCUAAAGGGCGAAGGAACGCCUGUUAUUAAAGAUCUGAAGAUGUUGAUCAGCGAGCACACUUUAAAUAUCAUUUGUGAAACUGCAAUGGGAACGUCUCUUAUUGAUAAAGGACAAUUUCAAUUCAAAUAUCGCAAAGACGUGCACGAUAUGGGAGACACUUUGCUGUAUAGAUCACUAAGACCAUGGUUGGACUUCGAUUUUGUCUUCUUCCUCACUCCUGUAGGAAUGCUACAAUCUAAACUGAUUAAAAUAUUACAUGGCUUUACGAAACAGAUCAUUAGAGAACGUAAGGAGUACCACGAUAAGACCAACGGUCGCUAUCUAGCUGAUUUCAGUGACAAAGCGAAUGAAGACACUGAUGAUAUGACAUGCAACCUUCGCAGAAAGAGGCUUGCCAUGCUCGAUUUACUUUUAUCGGCACAUCGACACAAUCUAAUAGACGAAGAAGGUAUUAGAGAAGAAGUCGAUACGUUUAUGUUUAGGGGACACGAUACGACGGCUAUAUCCAUUUGUUUCACUAUAAUGCUUUUGGCGGAACACCCACAGAUUCAGGUAACUUCUUAAACGGAGAGUAAAGGAAAACGUUUGAUACAUUUCACGAUGA